AAUUUAAAAACUCAGUAAAUUCACCAGAUCUUAUAUCGUUGCGUAUUUGCUGAUGUAUGUAUAUGGGCAGGCCCUGUGCAAAGUUCAGAAACCCUAAAACCAAAAUUUCCAGGACCUGGAUAACGCAAAUUCUAUGAAAAACUCUGCAAAAGAAAAACCCAUGUCUAGCAGUCGGGUGCUUACUGUGUUAACACAGAUCAUGGUGAUGGCUGUGGUGAUAGCUAUUAUAUUGUUGUUCAUUGGCAUAGGAGUUCUGAUUUUAAUUCAUCUCUGUAUAGUUGGAAGGGCUUUCAGAAGAAGUUUUAGGUCAAACAUAGGUGGGGUUUCAUCAGUUUCUGCGACUUCUUCUGCUGUUAGAGUUGGUGGUGUUGUUAGUGGAAAUAGUAAUGGCGGGAUGUCUGAGAAGGAUGUGCAGAAGCUGCCUUCAUACAAACAUGAAGAACGUGAGUUUUUUGCAAUGGAAGAAUAUGAUAAAAACAACAGCAGUGGUAAUAAGUUUGAUCGCACAGAGUGUGCUGUUUGCCUUGAUGGGUAUGAGAGGGGUGAUACAUGCAGGUUGUUGCCUGUAUGUAGGCACAGUUUCCAUGCCAAGUGUGUGGAUGCAUGGCUGUACAAGAACCCCAUGUGUCCUAUUUGCAGGACUAGUGCCGAGCAGGAGGAUUGUGGGGAAGGGGGGAAGGAGGGGUUGGAAUUGGGCGGAGGCGGGGUUUGUGAAGCAAGAAGGGUAGGCGUGGAAUUGGCUCUUGGGAUGGGAGAAGAGGGCAGGUCUGGUUUUUAUCAAGUUUCUGAGACCAUUAAUUCCACUUUACCAAGAUCUGUUCCUUCUAGUCCUGCUGGUGAUGAAAUAAGGUAUGUGAAUAUCUAGGAUCUGAGCUGAAGUUGUGGUAUGUUCAUUGAUUCUGCUGCAACAUCAAUGUUAACUUUUGGGGAUGGAAACAGAGGAAAAAUGGAAUCCUUUCGGUGCUCCACUUAAUAUAUGUAUGUGAAUAUAUGUAUUUAUCUAUACAGAAUGAAUCGAGAUGUUACAAUUGAGCUGCAUGGAAUUUUGGGUUCAAGUUUUCAAUUCAAAAUUCAUUACUACGUCAGGACUGCAAUGUUGACAUUGUUGAUCCAAAGCAGGGGGAACUUGAAAUUUAUUGGUGCUUUUCUUCAUUUAUGCAUUCCUAAUGGAUCACUGCUUUAGAACUGAGGUUCAUACCGUGAUUGGCUCAGGGUGCGAAUCAAAAAUAGUAGUAUCUAGACUAGGACUGUCACUUUUGUAGAAGACUGAUGUAAAUAUCUUCUGAAAUCUGAGAUCGGUGUACUUACUUACCUGAGCCCCUGAUGCUUUAAAAACAUAAAGCAGCUUGUUUUUCACAUUAGUUUUAUUGGCUCGGGUACUGUUAAUAUAUGUAAAAAGGCAAGUGGGACAUGUUUAUGCUUUGUGCUUUUGGCCAUAAAAUGAACUCAAUGUCACGUCUCAUUGACAUUAGCUGUAAUUUUUCAAAUGCUAAUAUUAGAGCAUAUCAAAGCCCUGGUCUCAUUCUUUUAUAAAAGUGCAGUACAUUUAUUAGC